CAGUAACCGCAUCUUCGCUUUGGCGCGCGGGUGCGAAUCAGUGUGUGUGGCGUGCGCUGUGAUGCGUUGCUUUGCGGAACGCCGUGGUAGCAUGCGUGGCGCCGAAACCACCCGCUGUUGUUGUGUCGGCGCACAUAGGCGGUGACGGCUGCGUGCGUGCUGCUCCAGUGAGUGACUGGGCGCGCCUCGUGUCGGCGUGCGGCGGCGGUAAAGAAGCAGCGGCCGGCUGUUCACAGCGGUGAGUGAACCGUUCCUCGCCGCCGUCAACGCCCUGUGCCUUGCAACCCUUUCGAGCGAGUGCAGGCAGUGAUGACGACCUGGUCCGCCCUCCUUUCAGUGCUGCUGGUGGCCUGCAGCGCAGCAGAGCAGUGUGGUGAGACUCGAGACGGUGCUGACAAAGGCAUCGUACGACCGCCUCGGCCCCUUCGGUCGAGUGACCCUCUGAACUGCACUUGGAUGCUGCGCGCUGCACCUGGAUUUCGGUUGCUGGUGCGGCUGGACAGUGUGCAGCUGCCGUCACCUGCGAUAAGGAGUGCUGUGUUGCGCGUGAACGUGGACGGCCGCGUGAAUGAGUUCACGCACGCUUGCGUUAACUGCCUCGAAACCACGAUAUCCGGGGAGCUGGUGCAAGUCGACUUCGCCUCCAGCCCCCUGGCCGAUGAUUCGGUGCCGGGCAGCUUCCAACUACGCUAUCAAGCCUUCAAUCCGAGCCAGUGCGAGCGGCCGCAGCCCCCGAGCCAAGGCUAUGUCGUGGGCCGCGAGUGGCAGCUAGGUGGUGAGAUCCGCUUCAUGUGCAACCCGCCGCUGGAUCCUGUGGGCCACAUGGGAGUGGCGCGCUGCGAGGCCGGAAGCGAUGGCGUGCCGCGCUGGAGCAGCACCGCUCCGCGAUGCGCUGCUACCAACUGCCUCCGAGGCAUCGUGCGCAGAGACGCCGGCAAUGGCGCCAUAGCCAGCCCCGGGUUUUUCGAAAAGAGGCUGCCGCCGAACCGGCGCUGUGAGUGGCACAUCAACGCACAGCCCGGACAGCAGGAUGUGUCAGAGGACUUUCACGUGGACACAUCGGCUCACGAUGACCUGGCCUUGGGUGGUCCUGGAAGUUUCACCGUCGCUCCAGCUACUUCUACGGAUCACAUAACGACAGAGAUGAACGAAAAGCCUGCAACGACCACUGUGCUUCCCUCGUCCGAAGAGGCGCUCGACCCUUUGCCGGGCAGGGAUCACUGGGCGCCUUACGAACAGGAUGUCAGCCGUGAUGCCGUGCCGGCGAAGGCGCCUCCGCGCAAGCCUUCGGCACACAUGGAUCCAUGGCCGGUUUCAGACCACGCCACCGUAUUUGUGGGUGAAGAGCUUCUCCCGCACGGCACAGAACGCAGCAACACCACUGGCGGCCGUGACGACGUGCCGGUGCGAACUGGAGGCCACCUAGAGGAUGGGCUGACGGUCACCAUGGUGGCUGUGAUCGUCGCUGUCAGUGCGCCUCUGGCCAUCGCCCUGCUGCUCCUUAUCGUGCUCGUGGCCUACCGGCGCCGCUAUCCGGUUCGAAUGGGCAUCGGGCGAAAAUUUCCAACAUUUGAAAACCCAGCUUAUGUGCGCAAGGAUGCCCAUCACCCCCGGGAACUCACCAGAUUUUCGAUCGCUGACCGGGAUCGCUUCUGAUGUGGUGUGGGACCGCAAGGCGACAUUUCGUCAUCUGUUUUUUUCUGACGAAUGGAAGUCGACAAAGUACGAUAGGAUGAAACAACGAACUGGUCGUUGUCAUAGCACUCCUUGAAAACAGCUGAUGCCUUACUUAUUUCUGCUCCAUGUUUUUCCCCCUUGCCAGCUCAAUUUUUUGUAGGUUAAAGCCGUGCCAACCGCAAAGGGCCUUCUCUAGUUUUAAUGUUACCUGCGCAUGGGACAUAUCGUGGCUUGGUGACAAGGUUCUGCUCGUAAUAAGGCCCACCAGGAGAAAUGUUGUUUACACACUGCCACUUUUCAAUGGACUUCUUUACAAAGUAUGGCAAUAUCAUGUGUUUUAUAGAGACGGAAGCACUCACCGCUGUCUGCUUAAUUCGAACGGCGUCUAAGUGUUCCCGUUGUGAGUGCUUUAGGCGGUCUAGCUUCGCAUCUUUUCGUAAAAUGACAUCGAACACUCAAGGUGACAAAACGUCAUGUCUUCCGGUAGUUAAGAAACUGGUUGUAUGGAGCGCUCAUGAAUUAUCGCGUCAUCGAGAUAACGAGAUGCUCUUGUGUACUAAUGUUUGUUCCGGACAACUGCAGCUGAGUGCUUUCUCUCACAACAAAAGUAGUGUCGGACUUCUCCCGGUUAUAACUGUUGCUCCUAAAAAGCCAAGGAAAUAAAAAAUGAUUGAUUCGACGA